AUGUCUCUGUCGGCUUCCGAUGGAAAUGGUAGAUCCGCUGUAGUUUCUCUUGAAUUCGUUGUGCUGCCUGUCGAUGAGUUUCCUCCUGUGUUCACCCAUUCGAGCUACACAUUCCAGGUACCACUUGACGCCACUGCCGGUGACAGCAUCGGUGAUGUACUGGCAGUUGAUGCUGACGGAGGUGUUCAUGGUAUACCCGAAUACCGUAUUGAACCGCCUAGCGACUUGGUUAUGGUAGAUGAGGUUUCAGGACUGAUAACGCUCAAAUCCAAACCGGAUCGCCGUCGUAAUCAUACGGUAGAGCAGAUUACUGUAAUUCGCAGCCAGCAGUCAUCUGCAACAGACAAAAGUUAUUGUUUACCUCGAGAUUGGCGACUUCCCUGUUCGACCAAUGAAUUCGGCCAUUUCGUCGAACAUCUUCAAGAUUGGGGCUGUUGCUACUGCGGCUUUAUUCGUGCUGUUGAUCUGUCUUCUCGGCUGCUGCCUCUUUGGCUAUCGGUCUUCGAAACCCAAAGAAAUCGAUAG